GAGCCUAAUUCCUCAGUUUUCGGUUUGGUCAAUAUGCCCUCGGUAGGUAGCACAUGUUUCUCAGCCCAGUGAAGCCCAGAAGGUACCUAAUGAGCUCUGCUACUUACUGUUAAGACGAGAAAGCCCAUGCCCAACCCGUCGCCAGAUCCCCCGCCUCGCCCUCCCCGCCGGCCUGCGCCGCCGCGAGCAAGCAACCGCUCCAUCGCCCACCAUGGCGCUACGCCGCGUCGCCUCCGUUCUCCUCAGAACCCGCCUGCGAGGCCCCGUCACGUCCCCCGCGCGCAAAGCCCUCGUACACCCUCUCCAAGCGCCGCCCCGCCGCCAAUUCUCGCCGCGGCCGCCUCCUCCCGUCCCCUUCGCCGCCGCCGCCGCCGCGGAUGCCGCGGAAGAGGCGUUCGAGGCAGCGAGGUCAACUAACGACAUGCUCGCUGCAUUCUCCCGCCUCGAGGCCACCGUGCCCGCCAACGACAAGCGCCUCGCCCUCGCCUGCCUCAAGCUCGGCCAGCACCUCGAGGCGUCCGGCUCCGCCGACACGUCCCGCGUCCUCGCGCUUGCCCUCCGGUGCCUGGGCAUACUCGAGGCCAGCCCCAACGCCUCCACCCCCUCCUCCGCCUCGGACGCCGUCUCGCUCGCCAUGGCACUCCACCUCGCCGGCUCCGCCUCCUUCGACCUCUCCCGCUUCCACGACGCGUUGUCCUUCCUCUCCCGCGCGCUACGCCUCCUCGCCCCGCUCCUCCCCGAAACAGGCGUCGCGUUCGAGGUUGGGGAGGAACCGGGAGGGUUCGACGUCAGGCCCGUGGCGCACGCGGUGCGGCUGCAGCUGGCCAACGUGAAGACGGCGCUGGGGAGGCGGGAGGAGGCGCUCGCCGACAUGCGCGCCUGCCUUGACCUCAAGGAGUCCAUUCUGCCUCCGGGCAGCCGGGAGCUGGGAGUCGCGUACCGGGACCUCGCGGAGGCGCACGCCACCCUGCUUGACUUCAAGCAGGCGCUGCCGUUCUGCCAGAAGGCGCUGGAGCUGCAUGAGUCGACGCUCGGCAAGAACUCCGUGGAGGUUGCGCACGACAGGCGCCUGCUUGGUGUGAUAUACACUGGGCUAGAGCAGCAUGAGCAGGCGCUGGAGCAGAACGAGAUUUCACAGAGGGUGAUCAAGAGCUGGGGUGCAGCUAGCCCUGACCUCCUCCUACAUGCUGAGAUUGAUGCGGCAAACAUCAAUAUUGCAUUGGGAAAGUUUGAUGAGGCUGUCAGCGUGUUGAAGAAUGUCGCUAAGCAGGUGAAGAAGGAUAGCGAGACGCGAGCUCUAGUUUUCAUAUCGAUGGCGAAGGCGCUCGCUAACCAGGAGAAGGCUGGGGACACAAAGAGGUGCUUGGAGAUUGCUUGCGACAUCCUGGAGAAGAAGAAAUUCGCGACACCCGACAAGGUGGCAGAGAUGUACAUAGAGGUAUCCUCACUGUUUGAGACGGUGAAUGAGUUGGAAAAGGCAAUAUCUUUGCUGAAGAAGAGCCUGGGAAUGCUUGAGAGGAUGCCUCAGGCACAGCACCUGGAGGGCAAUGUCGCAGCGAGGAUUGGGUGGCUGUUGCUUUUGACUGGUAAGGUCUCUGAAGCUGUCCCGUACUUGGAGGAUGCAGUGGAGAGGAUGAAGGACAGCUUCGGUCCGAAGCAUUAUGGAGUAGGGUAUGUGUAUAACAACUUGGGUGCUGCUUACAUGGAGAUGGACCGUCCGCAGUCUGCUGCACAGAUGUUUGCGCUCGCUAAAGAAGUCAUGGAUGUCUCCUUAGGGCCUCACCAUUCGGAUACCAUCGAGGCUUGUCAGAGCCUUGCUAAUGCCUACAAUGCUAUGGGAAGCUAUCCCCUGGCUAUGGAAUUCCAAAAGAGAGUGAUCGAUUCGUGGCGAAACCAUGGCGCCGAUGCCAGGGACGAGCUGAAGGAAGCUAUGAGACUCUACAACCAGAUCAAGGCAAAGGCACUGGCAUGCCUAUCGCCCGGAGGUUCAGCUAACGCGUUGCCUGAAUCUCAGGAGCAGGAAACAGAUUCUGAUACUGCCAAAGCUGCUCAACGGUAGACCUUCGCUAGUUUUGGGUUGAAGGAUUUGGAGUUCUCUUGCUGGUUGGUACAUGAUGUAGUGUUAGAUAUUUGGAUAUCAGAAAAUCAACGUCUGGUGAACUGCCGGCUCCCUCCCUGCAGCGCAAGGAAAGGAAAGACCUGAUUAGUCAAGAUAUGAUGUGUUCAUCAAGGCAGAAAUGUCCGCGUGCCAUGUGUGUGUGUGUGUUUUAAUGAACCAGUAUUUGGUCUGGUGAGGCAUUUAGGUAUAGUGUUAAGCAUUUUUUUUUCAAAUUUUGGUACAGACUUUCAGCGAUACAUUCUUAAACAGGAUAGGCAGGCUAGUAUUCCAGCGC